UUCAUAAUAACGCUCACUUCUUCAAAUGGAAAUUCAGGACAAUGCUACUACGGGACUAAACUACUGUAAAGAUCAUAUGAGUGUGACCAGCUUCGUUGUCUACAGAGAACAGAAUGUAAAUAAUAUGUUAGAACGAAUUAUGGUAAGCUUUUAAAGUUCCAGUUUCAUGAGACGUUCAGAAACUGGCCUAUACAAAGGCCACCUCGAGCAAAGUGCCGCCGAAUGUUGAUUUUUUGUUCUUCUGGGCCUUCAGACUUUCAAAGGUCUGUAUUAUCAACAUGGCGGAUGGUGAUGCCAAUAACUGUUCGUUCGAUUUCGAAGAUCCAACAACGUCUCAACUUCUGCAAGCUAUAAACGGCAAUUAUGCAUCGACGACUACACUAGUAGCAGCCACCAUUUUAUCUAUUAUUACUUUCAUCGUGUUCAUCGAAGGAGAGAUAUUCGUUUGCCGAAAAAUAGCCAGUCGACGCAAGGUUCAGCUAUCUUUCAUUAUGGGUAUAUAUCCAGUAUUCUCAGCCACGUCUCUGAUUUCUUUGUAUGUGCCACGGGCGUCUUUGGUAGCACGGUUCACUGCUCAGGUAUAUCUCUCAGUUAGUUUACUGCAAUUCGUCAUGCUUAUUACCGGUUAUUUCAAGACACGAGACAAUAUGCAACGGUUACUCAAAGGCAGCAUACUACCUCUAGGAAGUCCGCCAUUACUCAUAUUUGCAUCGUGUUGCCUACCAAAGAUACCUAUUACAGAAGAAAAUUUAUUGAAAAUUGUACGAACAAUAAAAGCAGCCGUCUUACAAGUUGCGGUUCUAAAGCCCAUAUUGUGGUUUGUUGCAACCGUACUUUGGACAAAUGGGUCCUACAAACCCGGCAAGAUAGGAUUACACGAGCCUUUCAUCUUCUUUCAAGUGGCAUCGUUAUUGUCAACUCUUAUGGCCCUCAACGGCAUCAUCAUUUUAUUCAGACUAUGCAAAGAACCACUGAAGAAGUUCAAGAUAACUCCAAAGUUCUUUACAGUGCAGCUUGCUCUAGUGCUUACCACAACACAAAGUAUUCUGAUAGCUAUUUUCAUAUCUGCUGGUGUUAUCACGUGCCGGGGUCCGUUUGGAGCAAGAAUGCGUGGGAGCUAUAUUGAUAACUUGCUAACUGUUGUUGAGAUGUUUUUCUUCAACAUUAUGGCUACAAUAUGGUAUCGGCGUACAGAAGGAAACGUUGACCCGGAAGAACAACUUCAAAGACGAUACUACGCGCAACUGUCGUCUACAUACAAAGUUGACCCCGCCAUCCAGAUUGCUCUUGGAGACGAAACGGAUGUAAUGACGUCACUCACCAGCGAAACAUCCUCUCGGACUUUGGACAGUAACUCAAACGAGGGAAUCGUCAAGCCAUUAGUAAUACACAGUGCUGACAGUAACGGAAAAGUCAAUAAUAACGGGUCACAUUAUGUGGUAAAAAUCCAGGACAAUCAGCCUGAAAGCAAUGACUCGACAGAUAUAUAAACUAUCCGUAACGUGUCAGGAACCUUGAAAUCAGGGGAAAUGGUGGAAAGGUGAAAUGGGGAUGUAUGGGGUGGGGAGGGGGAGCGCGAAAGUUUGCGAGCAAAGUAAGAUGAUUUUAACCUACUUGAGCGUAAUUUUUUGGCUCCAAACAUUUCCAGUGGAGGGUGACUGGAGGUGGGGGAGCGGCUUUUAUGGGUGGGGGAGCGUGUGUCCCGCACACUUAGAUGCGCCACUGUAAACUACGGACCAUGUACAUUAACUUAUACUGGCGUUAUUGGCAUAUGGAUGCAUUUUGUAUAGCAUUUAGUUGAUGGACUCAAUAAGACCGGGGAACAGUUAAAUUACCAGGGAACUGUAAUUUCUCUGUUCCCUGAUAAGACAUUCCAUUAUUUGACGAAAUGUUUGUAUUUUUGGGUGGUUGUCUCAAAACCAAUCAAAUGUUCAUUCAGUUAUUGUGGUAUCAUUCUAUGUCCCCGACGAGAAAAAAGAGGGCGUGGCCGAGCGCCUCUCAGUGGGCCAGUAGGUGACAUUUUAUGGGUUUCAAAGGCUUAUUUUUAAUCGAUUUUAGAGUCUACUAAUAUGUAGAAAAUACAUAUAUUUGUUUUUCUCCCCGACGAAUUGUGGUUUUGGGGCAGCUUUUCCCGACUGGGAGAUCUGCCCCGCUUCCCACUGGGGCUACCCCUGAAAUAAAAUAGCCUAAUAGUAAUGAUGGUGCUCCUAUUGAUAAUGCCGAUGGCGAUGAAAACGUAGAUGACGACGAUGAAAAUAUAAAUAAUCAUAAUAGACCUAAUCAACUCCCCUCCCCAAAAACAGAACUAUAAUCAAAUUUCUAAUAUGCAUAUAUGCAUAGGAAGAUUUUUAGGCUCAUUGCAACGAAGGUCCGUAAAAUAUUGAAAUAAGAAAUUGUUUUAUCAAUUCCUUGUGCCAUCGACAUGGUGAUGUAAUGGAAGAUAUAACAGACCAGUUCAGUGCUGUCUGAAAUAUGUAAACUUAAUAGUACUUGUAUAAUUGCUUAUAAUAAUGUGUUAGGCCUAUAACAUCUGAUAAGAUGCCACCAAAGACCAUUUUAAGUGUGAAUAUAUACUUUAUGUGAUUUAUUAUUCAUUGUACAGUAUUGCAUAUUCAACGCACGACAAGUGCAGUUCCGUCCUUAGUUAGCUAAUAUUUAUAUAUUUAUUGCUUUUUUUUUUCUUAAUAAUCAUUGCAAAACGCAUUUAUAACACAUAUUUAACGCAGCUGGACGAAUUCCUAGCUUCAAAACCGGUCGAAUUGUAGACGCAUGUCUAGAUUUCUUUGUAAUAAACUGUGGUAACACGAGAAAAACGGGGCGGAUCCAGGAUCCCACGAGGAUAUCCCUUCCCGGAAAAAAUAUAGAAAAAAUAUAAAAGAGAAAAAAGGGGAAAAAAGAAAGGAGAAAGAAGGGAGCACGGUACUUCAAAAAUUUUGAUUAAAAUUCCAUAACAGAGUGUCUAUUUGAUGAGCGUUUUAAACAAAAUUCUCAAACACCCCUCCCUCACCCGACGUGUACCCGAUGCACCCCUCGAUACCCGUAAUGACAUACACAGUAACGCUAAGGAGUCUAUGGUGAAUGUUAACCACAGUUUAUUACAUUGUUUACGUUUUAAAGCGGUUUAUUUGUAUAUAUUAAACUACUAUUUUCAUUUGUAUGCUACACCUCGAGAAUACAUUUUUUUGAAAGAAGAAACCAA